GACAGAAGAGAGAAGUUGUCCUCAGAUUCCUGCUUUAUGCAGCAGCCUGAACUGAGUCUCUGAAAGCGCUGGGGGAGCUGGAAGGAGGCAGAAAUGAAGUUCAGAGCCGCGGGAGCAGGAAGCGACGGUGUCCGAAUAACCAUGGAGAGCGCUCUGACGGCCCGCGACCGCGUGGGAGUGCAGGACUUUGUCCUGCUGGAGAACUUCACCAGCGAAGCAGCUUUUAUUGAAAACCUGCGGAAGCGGUUCAAGGAGAACCUCAUCUAUACAUACAUUGGCUCAGUUCUGGUGUCCGUCAAUCCAUACAAGGACUUGGAAAUCUACAGCAAGCAGCACAUGGAGCGGUACCGCGGUGUCAGCUUCUACGAAGUUUCUCCUCACCUUUAUGCCAUUGCGGACAACUCGUAUCGCUCGCUGCGCAUGGAGAGGAAGGACCAGUGCAUCCUGAUAUCCGGGGAGAGCGGAGCGGGCAAGACGGAGGCCACCAAGAAGAUCCUGCAGUAUUACGCCGUGACCUGCCCAGCCAGCGAGCAGGUGGAAACGGUGAAGGAUCGGCUGCUGCAAUCCAACCCCGUCCUCGAGGCCUUUGGAAAUGCAAAAACCCUCCGGAAUGAUAACUCCAGCCGAUUUGGAAAAUACAUGGAUGUGCAGUUUGAUUACAGGGGGGCACCUGUUGGGGGCCACAUCUUGAACUACCUCCUGGAAAAGUCUCGCGUUGUGCACCAGAAUCACGGAGAGAGGAAUUUCCACAUUUUCUACCAGCUGCUAGAAGGAGGGGAAGAGGACUUGCUGCGAAGGCUAGGCCUCGAAAAGAAUCCCCAGCAGUACCAUUACCUAGUAAAGGGUCAGUGUGCAAGGGUGAGUUCCAUAAGUGACAAAAAUGAUUGGAAGAUUGUGCGAAGGGCCUUGACCAUUAUAAGCUUCAAUGACAACGAGGUGGAGGAUUUGCUGAGCAUUGUGGCUAGUGUUCUGCAUCUGGGGAAUGUGCAGUUUGCUGCUGAUGAGCAAGGAAAUGCUCAAGUGACUACAGAGAAUCAGAUUAAAUAUCUGGCUAGGCUUCUAGCAGUUGAGGGCUCUGUCCUUCGAGACUCGCUGAUCCACAAGAAGAUCAUAGCAAAAGGGGAGGAGUUAAUCAGUCCUCUGAACUUGGAGCAGGCAGCCUAUGCAAGGGAUGCUCUUGCUAAGGCAAUAUAUGGACGCACUUUCUCCUGGCUCGUGAACAAGGUCAACAAGUCUCUUGCUUAUAAGGAGGGAGAGUUUCCAGGCUGGAGAAGUACCACAGUUUUAGGAUUGCUUGAUAUCUAUGGAUUUGAAGUUUUCCAGCACAACAGCUUUGAGCAAUUUUGUAUUAAUUAUUGUAAUGAAAAAUUGCAACAGCUCUUCAUAGAGCUCACUUUAAAAUCAGAACAAGAGGAAUACGAGUCAGAGGGCAUAGCGUGGGAACCAGUUCAGUACUUCAAUAACAAAAUCAUUUGUGAUUUGGUGGAAGAGAAAUUCAAAGGCAUCAUUUCUAUUUUGGAUGAAGAGUGUCUGAGACCAGGGGAUGCCACAGAUAUGACAUUCUUGGAGAAGCUUGAGGAAACUGUGAAGAAUCACCCUCAUUUUCUCACGCACAAGCUGGCUGACCAGAAGACUCGCAAGUCCCUGGGCAGGGAAGAGUUCCGGCUCCUGCACUACGCCGGGGAGGUCACCUACAGCGUUGCAG